AUGGUUCACGGAAUCGUUAAGCGCGACCGAAGCCGUUUAAAAAAUCCUUUCUUUGCUUUAGCUAUUGCUGCUGCUGCAGUUACGGCGGCUGCGGCGGCUAUAUUACGCACUUUUACCUUCGAAGCUUCGCCCUUUUCCUUAGACUUUCUUAUUAAGCGCUUGCUUAUAUUAACGACCGUUAAAGCUUUAAAUAAUUGCACCGUUGCUUUUGCCGCUGCUAACACCGCUUUCGAUAACUUCCUCGCUUUAAAUGCUGCUCUUUUAAAAAGUGCUGCUAAUAGUCCGAGCGGUCUAGCGAGUAGAAGUAGAAGUUUUAAAAGUAGUCUCGAUAGCUUUAUAAGUUUUGCUUUUGCUUUUAAGACCUUCAAUUUAAAUAUAGCUUUUAUUAAAUUAAAUAGUCUUGUAGCAACGAACCGUGGUUCGAUAACGCGGAGCGCUUCGAGUAUAUCACUCUUUCCUCUUGCGCUUGCGCUAGCCGCUCUUGUUACUUUCGUCGCUUUCGCAGCUUUCGUCGUCGUCGCUUUUCUUGCGUUAAUUGUUACGCUUGCCGCUUUCGCGGCGGCGCUCGCCGUUGCUAUAACUCUUGCGGAGCGCCGAGCUAAAGCGAAGAGAUUGCUAAAAGCUCUAGUUAAUCUUUUGUUAUAA